AUGGAGGAUCAGUCUGAAGUGAAGGAAGGAAAACCAGGAGAAACUAUUGGGACCUUAAUGGGUGCCAAGAUGGCAGAACUACAAAAACUGAAGGAGAAACUCACGAAGGCUAAGGAUGAGGCGGUACAAUCCUGGUUAGAUUCCAGACCUGUGAUUGAUGAGCUUGAAAAGCUACAGUCAGAACUUGCAGAUGCAAAGAGCCGAACAUCCCCAUCCAACGUUGCUAUUUCAGAGCUCGAGUCUCAGCUUGAAAGGUUGAGUAUCUCUAUCAGGGCUAAGAAGGAGGAAGAACUGAAGAUCCGAACAAUGAUCAACAGGAUAAAUCAGGUCUUGCAACAGACGCAGGAAGAGAUGGAGGAGCUCAAGAUGGAAAGAGACGAAAAACACAGAACAAGAUUGAAACUGAAACAAGUUCUACGUCUAAGGAGGCAGACUCUUCGCACUUUGCAACUCACCCUUAGAGCAAUACGAUUUGAAUCAGAAGCUUAUGCUGCAUCAGCUCAUGAAGCACAACGCUACAUCAGCCUUUUCCAGACAGAUGACACUGUGGUCAAGCUUACUCAAGAAGAGUACCAUGCGUUAACAAAACGAGUUAGAGACGAAACUUCGCUGGCAGAAUGGCGAAUUGCAGUCUCUAUGGAACAAAAACAGGCAGCCGAGGAAAGUCAAGAGACAGCUGCCAGAAGAUUGCAGAACUUGUGUUCAAAGAAUGGAUCAAGCAAAAGGAAACAUCCUGCUCAUGGGGUCAUUAAUCAACAUACUGCAGCAGAAGGGGAAGAACAAGAGCAAAAUCUCAAGGCAAGAUUCCACUCCAGAAAUGGACAAAACAGUCUCCCAAAAGUUCAGGUCAACUUACAGGCCAAAUCUAGCCAGAGGCAACCACAACAGAGCUUUAAAAUAUCAAGAAGUAAAAACAGCUAUCUGUCCAAGAAAAAGAAAUUAUCCACAUUUUGCGGAAUAAGAGCUUUGGUAGUCAAGAUCAAAACAUACUUCAGAUGA